AUGAGUCAAGAGGAGCCUACUCCGGGCGACGGCCUUAGUGCGCCGGCCCCCAUCCCCGAUGUUCCAGUCGUGGACCCAGUUUCAGUUUCCAAAACGAAGUCAACGCCUGAGGGGCACACGGAGGUGGCGGCUCCGAUGGGAUCGGCAGGAGACGCAGCCGACCAGAUUAUGGAGGGCCCGAAGCCAGUGCCGCUGCCGCCACCACCGAUCAUCGAUAACCUCAAGUACUACUCCAAACAGCAUGCUAAGCUGUUUGGGCGGGGUAAACUAGACCAGCAUGGCCGCAAGUUCCCCAUAGAGGCCGCCGUGCGUAAGCUGAAGCAGCGAGGGCGCGCGCGCUUUGUACUCGAACGGACCUGGUAUUCGCCGCUGUGCCCCCACGACCGCGGCGUUGGCGAAAUGAGGAGCGUGCCUCUGCCCAAGUGUCUGUGCCCCUUCGCUGCGUGUAUCUGCUGCGGUGGUAUACGGCCGCCACGGGAUAUUCCCUUGGCGCUGGGAGCGGACACGACCGGUAUUGUGCCAAAGAAGCGGCUGCUGGGAGGUGCGCUACUGCGUACGCGCGCGAACUUGUAUCUCAACCGGCUGCUUGUAGCGGCCGAGGACGCGGCUCGCUACACUGACCGGCCCGCCGUCGAAGACCUCGUGCAGCUGGCGCCAGUCUACUGCCUGGCGGACUCGAUCCCACACUUUACGUGCUACAGAGACCUCGACUUCCAGUACGUAAUCGAAUUGCACACAAAUCGCCGUCGAUAGCCGGUUUUUGUUUGUAAAAAGAGGUUACCAACUCAGUCUAUAACCUUAAAU